UCCAAGCCGACCAGUGCGACGCCGGCGGAGGAGAGUAGCAGCGCACCCGAGGCUGAGGGUCUCACACCGCUGUAUCUGACAGCAGACGGAGAUACCAUACACCAGCUGCACUUACGAGCUCGCUUUACAUCAUGGAGCAGAGACAAACCAUCAACUUUGGAGCCGGGCCUGCAAAACUCCCCCCGUCUGUGCUGCUUCAAGCACAGAAGGAGCUCCUGAACUACAGCAGCACUGGAAUCAGUGUUCUUGAGAUGAGUCACCGAUCAUCAGACUUCAGUAAAAUUAUCAGCAAAACAGAGAGCCUCCUGCGAGAAUUGUUGAAUAUCCCAGGCAACUACAAGGUGCUGUUCCUGCAGGGUGGCGGGUGCGGACAGUUCAGCGCUGUUCCUCUCAACCUGAUUGGUCUUAAGGAGGACAGGUGUGCCGAUUACCUGGUGACCGGCACGUGGUCAGCCAAAGCGGCAAAAGAAGCGGAGAAAUAUGGCAAAGUCAACGUUGUCCACCCGAAGCUGGAUAGCUACACGAAAAUCCCCGAACCCAGCAGCUGGAACCUGAACCCCUCAGCCUCCUAUGUUUACUAUUGCUGCAAUGAGACGGUCCAUGGUGUUGAAUAUAACUUUGUCCCAGAAACGAACGGCGUGGUCUUGGUUAGCGACAUGUCCUCCAACUUCCUGUCCCGACCUGUUGACAUCUCCAAGUUUGGGCUCAUCUUUGCCGGGGCUCAGAAGAAUGUGGGCUGUGCCGGUGUAACCGUGGUCAUUGUGCGCGAGGACUUGUUAGGUCGCGCUCUGAAAGAGUGCCCCAUUGUCCUGGACUACAAGGUACAGGCUGAAAUGAACUCCCUGUACAACACACCACCAUGUUUCAGCAUUUACAUCAUGGGUCUGGUUCUGGACUGGAUUAAGAAUAACGGGGGCAGCGCUGCCAUGGAGAUGCUCAACAAGCAGAAGUCAUCCAUGAUUUAUGACAUCAUCAAUGCUUCUAAUGGUUUCUAUGUGUGUCCUGUAGAGACGGCCUGUCGAAGCCGGAUGAAUGUACCGUUUCGUGUUGGGAAGAAAGGGGGAGAUGAUGCCCUGGAAAAGGAGUUUCUGGAUGGUGCUUCCAAACGUGGAAUGAUGUCACUGAAAGGACACAGGUCAGUUGGAGGCAUCCGUGCAUCACUGUACAACGCCGUAACACUGGAGGACACUAAAGCCCUCGCUGACUACAUGAAGGAGUUCCUCAAAGAGCACCAGUGAAGCCUGCCAUAGUGAUCUCAGAGAGGCAUUUUCAUUAAGUUAAUACAGUUUUUCAAAGACCAGGAUAAAAACCCUAUCCUUUUAAUUCUAGUUGAGAUCCAUGUUGGAUGUGGAAGUUGCACCUUUUUGCAUCUCUUUUGUAACACCCUUCCUAAUAAGCUACUUCCUUUGCCAGUUAUAUAUAUGUGUAACAUAGUCAGCAAAUUAAUUUAAAUAGUAAUUCUAACAGUGCUUUGAUGUGUAAAUUUUCUAGGUGAAUGUUAUUUGUUAAAACUGUAUUUACAUUCCAGUAAACAUGGCAAUACUUUAA